AUGCCUUUCUCCUUCUUCCUUAAAAGCCCCUCUGUUGGGAGCAAAGAUGGUCAAAAAUACAAAGACUUAAAGAAUUGGAGUGGUGCGAUUGGGUAUGGAGUGGGGUCAGGCAGCCCUUUGAGUCCAUCAUUCAAUUUUGGUCUCGAGCUUUCUAGAAGUAAUCAGUUCACUGCCUCGUUCUAUCAACACGUGGUGGUCCAAAGACGGGUGAAAAACCCCCUCGAAGAAAAUCAAGUUGUUGGGAUUACGAAUUAUAUCGAUUUUGGCUUUGAAUUACAAUCAAGGGUUGAUAGGUUUGAUGAUACCAAAACAUCAGACGAUGAAUCAAACUCAAACAAAGUACCAGAUCCUAAGAAUAUACCAGAUUCCACCUUUCAAAUAGCUGCAUCUUGGCAAGCCAACAAGAACUUUUUGCUGAAGGGAAAGGUGGGCCCUCUCAGCUCAUCGCUAGCAUUGGCAUUUAAAUCAUGGUGGAAACCUUCUUUCACAUUCAGCAUUUCAGCUGUCAGAGAUCACAUAUUUGGAAAUACAGCUUACGGUUUUGGCAUUCGUGUUGAGAAUAUCAGAAAAGCCAGCUACCAAAGAGCCGAUCCAAAUUUUGUAAUGUUGACACCAAGUAAGGAGCACCUGGCAGAAGGCAUUGUUUGGGAAGCUGGGAAACGGCCGAUGCUAGAGUCAAAUAUACAUGCUGGAAAUUUUGACGGCGUACCAAUGGAAUUACAACCCUUGCGAAAAAUUCUGUAACUUUGCGUCGUGAGUGGCUCAUUUACAGAAGCCUUUGGAGUUGAAACUAAUCAAUGCUCAGAGACUGGAUUUUUUUCGCAAUUGGAAAUUUCCACCGAGCAUUCUAGAGCCAUAUGGGUUUGGAAUCCCAACCGCCUUUAUCUCAAUAUAUAGGAGGUUUUACUUUUCUUUCUUUUGAGGGAUAUAAAAUGGGAGUUCCGAUCAUGAGUUUUGUGAAUAUGCUGAUCCUUCUAGAGUACUCCUAGGAGAGUCUAAUCUAAUCUAAUGAAUUGUUCGCUUUCAUAGGUCAGAAAUUGUUCAGUUU